AUGAAGAUUCCUACUUCAAAUCCUAUUUCAGUUUUUGAAUCUACCGAAUUGCUCUGCUCGCAAGGUGAUCAUGCACACCUAACAAAUGGCAUAAUGAUUGCUAGUGCCAAACCAGAAACAGGCAAGAUCUUUGGCGUUUCACCUUACAUAGCACCUAAAGUCCUGCAAGGUCAACCUUAUACAAAGACAUCAGAUGUUUACAGCUUUGGUAUUGUAGCUUAUGAGCUAUUAGCCAACUCCUAUCAUUAUUAUGAUGAAGCUUGA